AUUGUGAGGUUUAUAAGUUAACACCUGGUACUACUGGUAGUAGGAACCAUCCAGCAUCCACUAACAAAAUCAACAAUGGCUUCUUCUUCUCUUUGUUCCAACCCAUUGACUUCUAUCCCCAAAUCUAAAUUGGGGUUUGCUUCUUCAUCUUCUAAACCCCAAUUACUAUCUCAAUCUUCUUUCGUCAAUUUGAGAAAAUCAUCUCCUCAAUUUGCUAGAAAACAACUCUCACACUCUUCUGUUGUUGUUUGUAAAGCUGUUUCUGCUGAACCAUCUACUCAAAUUGAAGGUCUUAACAUUGCUGAAGAUGUUUCUCAGCUUAUUGGAAAGACACCUAUGGUUUACCUCAAUAAUAUUGCCAAUGGUUCUGUUGCAAAUAUUGCUGCCAAGCUUGAGAUAAUGGAACCCUGUUGCAGUGUUAAAGACAGGAUAGGUUUAAGUAUGAUUACUGAUGCCGAAGAAAAGGGACUUAUUACACCUGGAAAGAGUGUCUUGGUGGAACCAACCAGUGGAAACACAGGUAUCGGUCUUGCCUUUAUUGCUGCUGCAAGAGGAUACAAACUCAUCUUAACUAUGCCUGCAUCUAUGAGUAUGGAAAGACGAGUCCUUCUGAAGGCAUUUGGAGCCGAGUUAGUUCUUACCGAAUCCGCCAAGGGUAUGAAGGGAGCUCUUGCAAAAGCAGAAGAGAUUGUAAACAAAACACCUAAUUCUUACAUGCUUCAACAAUUUGACAACCCAGCUAAUCCAAAGAUUCACUUUGAAACAACUGGUCCUGAGAUUUGGGAAGAUACAAGAGGAAAAGUAGAUAUAUUUGUCGCAGGAAUUGGUACCGGUGGAACUAUUUCGGGGGUUGGUCGGUACCUAAAGAAACAAAAUCCUAACGUAAAGAUUAUUGGUGUUGAGCCAACAGAAAGCAACGUACUUUCAGGGGGAACACCUGGUCCUCACAAAAUUCAAGGGAUUGGAACAGGCUUUAUACCUGGAAAUUUAGACUUGAGCAUAGUUGAUGAAGUCAUAGAGGUAUCAAGUGAUGAAUCUAUUGAAACAGCGAAACUGUUGGCACUUCAAGAAGGCCUAAUGGUGGGAAUAUCUUCUGGUGCGGCGGCAACAGCUGCUAUCAGGGUUGCAAAGAGACCUGAGAAUGCUGGAAAGCUUAUCGCGGUUGUGUUUCCAAGUUUUGGCGAGAGAUAUCUCUCUUCUGUUCUCUUCCAAUCAAUCAGGGAAGAAUGCGAGAACAUGCAACCUGAGCCAUGAAAAAUGAGUUUUCCAUUGUCUUGGUAAUUCUGUUAAUUCCACUUCUUACUGUACCUGCAGACAUUCCACAAUAUGUUUUAUCUUUUUUACUCAAAUUGAGUAAUGAGUUGGGUUUUGUUACAUUAUUUUGUAGGUAUAAUUGAAAAUACACCGAAUAAUGUUAAAAAUAAAAAUGAAAUGUGUAUUAUCUUGACAUUGUAUAUAUAAUUUGGGUCCAAUUUAAA